UUUCUUCUUCUUCUUCUUUUUCCUACUCUUCCACGCGCUCCCUUCGUUCAUUGUCCUUCUUGUGCUCCACCCUCACUUUCUCCAUCUACUGCUGCUGCAGCUGCCACCCUCGCCCUCCUCCUCGUCCUCAUCAUAAUCAUCCUCUCCUGGGUCCUGCUCUUCGUCCCUCUUCUUCUUAUUUUUCCUUUUUCGCCCGUCCCCUCUGUUCAUGUUCUUCCUUAUGCUACACUUUCGCUUCCUCCAUCUACUGCUGUAGCUGCCGUUUUCAUCUUCCAUUUUUACGUCCUCCUCAGCCUCCUGCUCUCCCCACUCCCCGUCCGCUUCCUACUCUGCUUCGGUCCCGCCCUAUCCUACCACCGCUAUUGCUCCUUUGCCGUCUUCACUUAAUUCUGCUCCACAUCCUUCUGCUCUUGCUACUACCCCUCCUCCUACUUUUUCCUCUGCCUCGGCCUCUGCUAUCUCUCAUUAGUUUUUUUAAUAUCUCGCUACCGCUAUGGCUCCUCCGCCUUCUCCUUCUUUUUAUGUAG